AUGUCCCUCCAGCGUCUGCUUGCCAACCUUGGGACCCUCGGGAGCGCCCCCUUUAGUCUAUUCAGAGAUCACAAACGGGCGGCCUUUGGGGAGCUCCUGCUUCAAAAGCGCUUGGACGGAACCUGGCGCUCGUCCCCGGCUCCGGCCGGCCGCUCAGAGCCAGCCCUCGCCACCACCUCACAGCGCUCCGACAGCCCCAAGGUCCCCGCCACCGCUUCACCUCGGCCGCCCGCCACGACGACCGCGUCCCCCUCGCAGGUGCGCCAGAUACACCGGGGCUCGGAGGCCGCCGUCAGCCGCCAGAUCGACCUGGAGCUCUACGCCUCCUACGUCUACCUGCCUGUGUGGUACUAUUUUCACCGCCAUGAUGUGGCUUUGAAGAACUUUGCCAAAUACUUUCUUCACCAAUCUUGUGAGGAGAGGGAACAGGCUGAGAAACUGAUGAAGCUGCAGCACCACCGGGGUGGCCGAGUCUUCCUUCAGGAUAUCAGGAAGCCAGACCGUGAGGACUGGGAGAACGGGCUGAAUGCAAUGGAAUGUGCGCUACACUUGGAAAAAAGUGUGACUCAGUCACUACUGGAACUGCACCAACUGGCCACGGAGAAAAAUGACCCCCAUUGGAGUGACUUCAUUGAGACGCAUUAUCUGAAUGAGCAGGUGAAAUCCAUUAAAGAACUGGGUGACCAUGUAACCAACUUGCGCACAAUGGGGGCCCCCGAACCUGGCACGGCACAGUAUCUCUUAGACAAGCACACCCUGGGAAAUAGUGAUGAUGAGAGCCAAGCCUUAGGCUGGCUUCCCGUAGCCACAGGGGUGGCCUCCCUGGUCCCCAAGCCAUUGGACAAAGGCCCCGAGACCCGGCAAGGCGAGGAUUCCAGUGAUCUCAAGCUCAAGUCAAAGGCCAAAGGCCUGGCCUUUGCGGGGGAUCUCGUGACGAGGAGGUACACUCAGGCUGGCAUUCCCGGGCCGGCCCAGGCCUCGGCCGGCACCAAGUCACGAACUCCUGUUCCAGCUGAUGGAGCAGCAGGGAGGGUGGAAAACACACCCCCGAAGGUCCCUGCCCGGCGCCAGGGCUCCCGGAGACGGAGGAGGGCGGGUGGAGACAAGAAGGCAGAAUCUGGGCUUGUGCAGAGGGGCUUCCCACUGCUGGGGGGGCCUGGUGUGGACGCCCAGGUGGAAGAGACGGAGACCCGUCCAGGUGCUCUUCAAGGACCCCAACCCCCGGACCGCAGCUCCAGUGGUCGGAACCAGGCCCAGAAAGACGCAGCAGGGCCAAGUGGUGCAGAGUGCCAGCUCCAGGCCUAG